UCGUGGUCGUGGCUCGCUAGCUUCUUGUGUGAUUAUCUGUUCAAGAUGAGCACUGUCACGUGCGAGGUGGAGCCGUCGGCCGGGGCGGUGGCGGUGCUCCGGUCAAACAGCGCCGUCGACUCGGCCUCGGCUUCGUCGGCGCCGGCAACGGGAAGCGGAUUGGGUUUUGGGGCCGGAGAUUCCCCGCCUGGCGCCGGGAUGCAGAUUUUCGUGAAGACGGUGACGGCCGGGGCGCUCGCGCUCGAGGUGAACCCGUCGGACACCGUCGGCGAGGUCAAGGCCAGGAUCCAGGCUAAGGAGGGCAUCCCGGCGGAGCAGCAGCGGCUCAUGUUCGCCGGCAGGCACCUCGACGACGGCCUCACCCUCGCCGAGUACGGCAUAAGGAAGGAGGCCAACCUGCACAUCGCCCUCCGCCUCCGGGGAGGCGCCGGCGGCGGCGGCUGGGGUGCCCCCCGCCGGGCAACCGCCAUCGGACUCUUCGUCACCAUGAUUUCGCUCGCCGCGGCGGUGAACGCCGGUGACCCUGCCGCUGCCGCCAUCAAGAUCUUCUUUCUUUUUGCCCUCGCGGUCGCCGGCGUGAACCUGAUCACGGCCGGCGUUUUCCUGGUGAGCAGAGGCGAAGCCCGGAGCUGCACCGUGCUAACCGAUGCAGCCGCCUUCGCUCGCCGGAAUUUCGCCGUGUUCGGUACGAUCGCCGCGUCGUCGGCGGCAACCGGGAUCAUUUUUAGCACCACGCAUCCGGUGCUCUGCUUUUUGCUGUUUGUUAUGUUUAUUUGCUCUGUUUCUAUGGUCACAAUUCGUGUGAGCUUCACAAACCGUGACUGCUAAUGGGCAUCAUCUUUGCCGAGGUGGGCUUAGCCCAAUUAGUUAGAUUACUUUAAGGUGAAACCAACUCACUCGGGUUUAAAUCAGCUCAGUCUUCGAAUGUACUCGUUAAGUUCAUACAUUACGUUACGAGCGUCUGCGUUUGUAAUAAGUAUCUGAAAAAAAGUCUUAUACAUAUUAGCCUUUCUUUUUCUUCCUCAGUUUUUCUUCAAAUCUACAGUUAUUGCUUCAAGUCAAUAUGGAGAAGUAAUAAAUCAAGCCAGCAAUUAAGAGGCUAAAAACCUCGCCGUCGUGAUCAACUGAUCAUCGUCUUGUCUAGUUGGACUAUAUGAGAAUGUAUGUGUCUGUAAUAGAUGCAUAUGGCCUGAAUUAAUUAUUUGCUA